AUUGUCGAAAAAAGAUAUUGAAAAGAGGUUACAAUGAAAUAAAAUAUCUGAAAUAUAAAGAGAUAAAAUCAGAAAGUAUUAGUUUAGUUAAAAGACAAAAACAUCUAUUAAGAUGACAAAGCCAAAGUUCCUGUCAGUUUAAGGCUCAUAUUGGGAAAGACGACUAGAAACACAAUAAAACACAUUAGAAUAGAAAACUUCCAGGGCUUAUACAUGAAACGUUUUUGCCAGUAAACAGUCACUACUGUCAAUUUUGGAAAGAUGUCAGUUCGUAUGUCAGUGUUGCAAAAAAAUGUAAGUCAAGUGAAGUUAAUUGCAUUCAUAUUCAGUUCAUUAUACUUAAAAAAAAAAGCCACAUAAUUGAUUAUUAUUAAAUGUACACAGAUUUCAAAUACUUUUUAACAUUUUUUUUUAGCAGAGUCUGUCUGACUGUGUGGCUUCUGGGAAUUAUUAUAAACCCUCAACUUUUUCAAUAAUAACACGUCAAAAAUCACAAUGUCACAAUCACAAGGUCCUUUUUUUGCGUGUUUAUCAUUCUUUCAGCUUUUUUGUGUGGGCGAGUGUGUUUCUUUUUUUUUGUGAGAUUCAGUGAAACCACCUCGAUGAGUAGUCGUCUAAAUCAUGAGACUGUUGAAAAGAUUCCCUGACGAUGCACAGUCAGGACUAAACUUCACAGAUUCAAAGUACUUUCAGGGCAGUUUCAACAGCGCUCCACUUUCACUGUCAUAGCUACACGACUGAUGAAAUUUAGCAGGAUUAAAAUGAGUAAUGUAUUUAUCUAUUGUUACGAAUUGCUGUAAAUUUACCAGUGUGUAUAAAUUCCAGUGUUAUAUCAGGUUAAUAAACAAAAAUUAAGCAGUUACAGUUCAAAGUGAGGAAGAUUUUACAUUGAGAUUAUCACUUGCUUUCUAUCUUUAUCCGUAUGUGUGUCACAUUUACCUUUAAAUCAACUUUUUAAAAAAAGAGGCGAAACAUCUUGAGUACACAAUCACAAACAUGCACCUAAAGGCCGCAAUCACACAAUAAGGGUACAAACUGUUUAUCACAUAUGUUCAAAUGAUGAUGAACCAAAAACAAAACAAGAGAAGGAAUAAUUACUCUGGACAUUUCCCUGAUAAUUUGAAUAGGAUCCUCUACAGGGAAUACAUCAGAAUGCCAUAUUAGGUUGUUGUUUUUUUUUUAACAGACUUCCUCUCUUCUUGUUAAUCAUACUGGUCACCACAAGAUGCUGAAACACAGCGAGUAAGAGAGAGAGAGAGAGAGAGAGAGAGAGAGAGAGAGAGAGAGAAAGGAAAAAACUCCAGAUCUAUGUGAAACCGAAAGCAAGAACAUGACUAGAAUAUAUAUAGUGUAUGUGCGGCUCAUUGAACCAUGAAGGUAUCUUGCUUAGACUCGAGUUCACUGCUCCUCCAAGAUGAAUGUUUGCUGGCUGGCUCUCAUCCUCCUUUCUGGCACACUGAGCUGUGUGGAGUCCACUGCUCGCCAGAGGAACAAAUACAACAACUCCUUUCGUCUCACGAGGUCCACUCGAACCCGUGUGCAGGAGGUGCUGAGGAAAUACAAAGAGCACCAGUUGGGGGAAAUUGAGAAUUUCGAGGACAGAAGCCGACCGUUGAAGGAUCUGCCUGUGCUUUCUACAGACUUCUCCGAGUGGCUGCAGCUGGCGGACUGGGACCGAUUGCAUGCUGCUUUCUGGGACAUGCAAGCCUACUGGGAUAAGCUGGAGUGGAAGAGAACACAGCUGGAGAAGGAGGAGAAAGCGCAGAUGGUGGUGCAGGCGACCCAAACCACUUUACCUCAGAGCAUCAAGCACAUCCAGCUGGACUUAAGGGAUCUGAUGAACCAAGUCAGCAGUCAGAUGAGACUAAUGAAGAGCUCCUGGAUUAAGCCGGUAUCUGCUACAGCGCAAACUCCCUCAAACCAAGACAGCAGUCCCAAAAAGUUAUGGGACAGCCGAGUGGAGGGUUACGUCAUUCUGAAGCAUCUAGACCUUUACCUCACCAAGCUGGCAAGAGACUUUCUUCUGCUGGCUUCGAAAACACACUUAUGACUCAGAACCGAAACUUAGACAACGCACGCUUGCACAGAAACAAACAAAAAAAAAAAAAAAGGAAGAAAGAGCUGAAGUGACACAGCGUUGAGGAGAAAUUUAGAAAAAGUGUUUAAUCGGUGCUUUAGUGAUGUUGUCAACACUUUCCACGAAGCUGAGUUUAGUGAGUCUGUUUUAUUUUUUAUUUUUUUACAUGAAGUAUUACUGUAUAUUUAUGGGCUUUCUUGGGUAUUUCCCAGAGUUUCUGUCUUCGCUCUAACUGUAAGUUUGAAAUAAGCAGAGACCUGACUUGCCAACAUCCUCUUUUUUCCCGCCCACGCCCUCAAUGCACUGGACUUUCCAAACACAUAUUUGCUAUUUAUUAACAUAUUUAUUAUCAUGCUAUUUAUUACAAAGUGGUUUGUUUUAUUUCUCUUGGAGAUACAGUGUUUUUAUGGAGGACAUUUUAUAUUUGGUAGAUAAAUACUGACGUGUGUGUCUAACAAUAAAGAGAUGAAGCAUUUGGAAA